AUGGCGGAGCCUAUUCGGAACAAGCGACCUGACAUGCCUACGGCCCCCACCCCUCAGAACACUCCCGCAAACAAUGCGCCUAUCUCCUCCCACGCCCAGCAGCCUGGCGUUGCGAGCAUUAAGGAAGAGGACUUCGAUCGCGCGGCCGCUGCUUCUAUUUUCGCCCAAAACCCACAGCUUGUUCAAAUGAUUCAGGGCCGCCUUGGCUCCCUCGUUGGCCGCUCGUCCGGCUACGUCGAGUCACUCCCCCCCCAGGUCCGCCGCCGAGUCGCCGGGCUGAAGGGUAUCCAGAAGGAACACUCUAAGCUAGAGGCCGAGUUCCAGGAGGAGGUUCUUCAAUUGGAGAAGAAGUACUUUGCCAAGUUCACUCCCUUGUACGAGAAGCGUGCUGGUAUUGUCAAUGGCGCCGCUGAGCCCAGCGACAGCGAGGUCAAGGCAGGCGAGGAGCCCCCUGCGGAAGGUGAGGAGUCGGUCAAGUCGGAGACGGAGGAGAAGGGUUCGGAGGGCCAAGCAUCUGACGUUGCUGGCAUUCCCGAGUUCUGGCUGUCGGCCAUGAAGAACCAGAUCUCUCUGGCGGAAAUGAUUACGGACCGAGAUGAGGGUGCCCUGAAGCAUCUUAUCGACAUUCGCAUGGAGUACCUUGACAAGCCCGGAUUCCGUCUCAUUUUCGAAUUUGCGGAGAACAACUACUUCACUAACAAGACCAUCACGAAGACCUACUACUACCAAAACGAGAGCGGGUAUGGGGGCGACUUCAUCUACGAUCAUGCUGAAGGCGACAAGAUCAAUUGGAAGGAGAGUCAAGAUCUCACAGUUCGCGUUGAAAGCAAGAAGCAGAGAAACAAGAACACAAAGCAAACACGCAUCGUCAAGAAGACUGUCCCAACCGAGUCGUUCUUCAACUUCUUCACCCCCCCUUUGGCUCCUACCGAAGACCAAGACGACGCCGCCUCGGACAUUGAGGAGCGUCUCGAACUUGAUUACCAGCUUGGAGAGGACAUCAAGGAGAAGCUUAUCCCUCGCGCCAUCGAUUGGUUUACUGGCGAGGCACUUGCUUUCGAGGAGCUGGAUGACGAUGAGCUGGAGGGCGAGUACGAUGACGAGGAUGACGAUGAAGACGACGAUCUCAGUGAGGAUCGCGACGACGAUGAGGAGUCGGAGGAGGAUGACGACACUGGCAAGCCGAAACAGGAGGCAGCUGAGUGCAAGCAAAGCUAAAUUCAUCGAACCCUCCACUGUGCCACACCUAGUGGCAUAGGAAGUAGCUCAUUGCCUGCAUUUCCCAGAUUCGACUCGAGUCUGUUCGUAGUGGAUCGCAAACAUUUCACUCCAUCGAGUGCGCACGCAACAUGCACAGCAGGAAACACCGGCCGGGCGGUGGGAUGGCAGAUGGCCUGACAAAAUCGGAUGUUUGCUUGUCAGCCUGGCUUUACUUCGACGCGAUAGACGGUAAUUGAAGUUUGAGUCUCAGGUGCGUCUUGUACCACAAACGUGGAUUGGCACAACUGGACUACAGGUACAUCUGUGGUUCGUUUUGAAGUUUGCACUGCUGCACACAGUUUUUUCUUUUUCCUUGUCCGGGGUGGAGUUGCGCAAACACUGCAGUAGAAAAGCUCAUGUGCUCUUGGAAGCAUUUAAUAUACUGAGAGGCGAACUGCUCUCUUGCAUGC